ACUGAGUUUUGAUCAAACAGAGUUUAGAAAUGUCAGGAGGUUAGUUGUUACUACUCUUCAAGACUCAAGUAACACUAGCAAAACAUUAAUUGAAUUAAUUAUUUAGUUGUGUUUGUGGACAAUAUUAGUGACUCUUGUCACUGCCCAUGUCAAGGGAAUAAGACUAAGACGGAAAAAAAGUUCAAAUAAGAAGACUGAAAGUAAACAAAACUUCCUUAAAAAAAGAAAAAGAAAAGAAAGUCGUAGGGUUAUAUAUGUCUAUACCGCUACGGUUUUGAAGGUGUCAGUACUUUACGUCCACGUGAACAGAUUCCAUGACUGUUUCUGCGACCAUUCCUACUAUAAAUAAAAGCCUCUCCAUUUAUAGAAAUGUCUAAAUCGAUCUCCUUCUAAGUGUGAGAGAAGGGGAAAAAGAAGAGGAGUUUCAUCUUAUUUCAAUCCCAAAUAGAUAAAAUGUAAAGAAAAAUGUAUGUAUAUACUUAAAAACAUUCCUAUAUCCAGGUUCACCUGCACUUUCUGGUCAAAGCUUAACUAUUCUGAAUUUGGUCACAGCUUACGAUAUAUAUGUAUCUAAUCUUCUUUGGCUGGGGUGAGAUGUCUGCACAAGUCCAAUUCUCUGGACGAAAUAUAUGAAAGCCUUCUUCCUGAGUUUGAGAACCAGUCAUCCAAGUUGGCAAUCUACCGAGAAGAAAGCUAGUUUGCCAAUGAACCUUAUUCAAGAGUAGCAAACUCUUUGGUCAAUUAUUACAGGUUACAGCCAUGGCAUGUACACCAUUCAAUAUUCCCACCUCUCCAAGGAAAGGGGGCAUCUUCAAAGACCGUGUCAAUGGCCUGAGCCGGUCUGAAUCAAGCAAAGAUCUACGAAGCCGAGCCACGCUGCGAAAAUCUUAUUCUGAUAACAAUUUAGUCUGCUGCAUCAGUAACAAGAUUCAUGCUUCACCAACUCAACCAAAACUGAAGAGCAGUCGUUCAAUGGGAAUUUUCCCAUUUCAGUUUUCGGGUUCAAUUCUCCCUAACUCGCUUCGGUCGUUUCUGUUUGAUCCGGAAACAAGCAAGGAUAUGAGUAUGGGAGAUAAAGAAACAACUAUGAUGGAGGAAGAGAACACUGAGGAGAUAAGUAGUAAUGGUAUUAGUGAGGAAGAGCAAGGAAUAAAGAGAGCUAAUUGGGUGGAAAGACUAAUGGAACUUAGAAGUCAUUGGGUUAAAAAUAGGCAGCAAAUUGAAGGUGAUGAUGGGGUUUGUGAUGAUUAUGAUCAUGAAGAAACUAAUCAUCAUGAUUGUGGUUGUGAUGAAGAAGAGGGUACUGGUUGUUUGGUCAGUUAUAGCUCAGAUGAAGAAGAUGAAGGAGUAGAAGAACAUGGCGGAGAAAAGAUAUUGGAUCAAGAAUUCUUUUCAAGGUUUCUGGUCAGAGUACCAUGGUCUGGUACCAAGCUGCUUUCUCAGCUAGCUUUCUUGUGCAACAUAGCUUAUGUUAUACCAGAUAUAAAGCCAAAGGAUUUAAAAAGGUAUUUUGGCCUACAAUUUGUGACAUCUUCUCUAGAGAAGAAGGCUGAGGCAGCUGCAGUAAAAGCUAGACUAGACCAAGACUCUGCUCAGGUACCUGGAUCUGCUUCCUUGGAAGAUAACAAAGCCAGUACUUCAGAUAAUGAAGCAGUGAGUUCAGAGCAAAAGCGUCCAAUCCGUGCUUCUGUAGCUUAUGAAAUCGCUGCCUCAGCAGCAUCUUUUGUCCAAUCCAAAGCCAAAAACAUGUUUUCAGACGCCUCGGAAUCAAAGCCAGAAGAUUCAUGUGAAAAUGAUGAAGACCAAGCCGUAUUAAAGGAAGCAGAAAGCUCACCAUCUCGCAUCUAUAAGUCCGAGGUUGCCGCCUAUAUGGCGGCAUCAACCAUGACAGCAGUGGUGGCUGCCGGAGAAAAGGAAAAACUAGAGGCAGCCAAGGAUCUUCAGUCGCUUCACUCUUCACCUUGUGAAUGGUUUAUCUGUGAUGAUUCCAGUACGUACACACGUUGCUUUGUAAUUCAGGGUUCUGACUCCCUAGCAUCUUGGCAGGCAAACCUCUUUUUUGAACCUACUAAGUUUGAGGAAUCAGACUGUCUUGUUCAUAGAGGGAUUUAUGAAGCAGCCAAGGGAAUCUACAUGCAAUUCAUGCCUGAAAUAACAGAACACUUGAAUAAGUAUGGGGAGAGGGCAAAGCUCCAAUUCACUGGACAUUCUCUUGGGGGAAGCCUAUCUCUCUUGGUUCACUUGAUGCUUCUAAGUAGGAAGGUUGUCAAGCCAUCUGCUCUCCGGCCCGUCAUUACAUUUGGCUCGCCAUCGGUGUUCUGCGGUGGCCAAAAGAUACUAGAUGAGUUGGGGUUGGAUGAGAACCAAAUCCAUUGUGUUAUGAUGCAUAGAGAUAUUGUCCCAAGAGCCUUCUCCUGCAACUACCCUAAUCAUGUUGCCAAUCUCCUCAAACGUCUAAAUGGCUCGUUUAAGUCUCACCCUUGUCUGAUACAAAAUAAACUGUUGUACUCUCCAAUGGGCAAAUUGUUUAUUCUCCAACCAGAUGAGAGGUCAUCCCCUCCACACCCUCUACUCCCUCCUGGUUGUGCCCUCUAUUUCUUGGACAAAACCCAACGAGGAUUCUCUUCGAGUGUUCUUAGGGCCUUCCUCAACAACCCUCACCCUUUAGAAACCUUAAGUGACCCUACAGCUUAUGGCUCUGAAGGCACAAUUCUAAGAGACCAUGAUUCGAGUAACUACUUAAAGGCUGUCAAUGGAGUGUUAAGGCAACAUACUAAGAUGGUUGUUCGGAAAGUGAGAAAGGAGAGGAAUCUUUUGUGGCCACUACUCACUUCACCAUCUCCACACUCUUGGAGCCACGAAAGUAACAAUAUGGAGAAUAAUAGUAGGCUGAAAAAGGAGAUCAUGUCUGGAGUUUGAGAAACCUUAGUAUUUAUUUGUUAGCUUUGUGUUUUGUUGUGUUGUGUUGUGUACAUCUUUUCUUUCCCAUGCAGAUAUAUCUGAAUUCACCUUUGUAUCUAUGUUAGAUUUCACUAAUACUUACUUCUAACACAAUAAUAUAUAUACACAACUACU